UGAUAGUAAUGCUAAUCAGAUUGAUGCUGAUUGAGAUUGAUAUAUUUAUUUUGAUAUAAAAGUCCAUGACCAUCAUGCUCAUGAUGACGCACCCUGCACGUGAAGCAUUGGCCAUCGACGCAAACAGCGAUGUCGACAAAAGCUCCCUGGGGCGUCAUUUUCGAUCGCUCUCAAGACAAAAAGCGUCAACAUUUCUUAAGCUGGAAAGCAACUCUCGACAAACGCACGUCCCUGAUAAUUAUAACCACUACCACAACAAGAACAAGCACGACAAAAAUAUAAUGAACACUCCUGACCAACAUGGAUCGGCAAAGAAAUUACAAAGAGAAAGAACUUCUACAUCUACAUCAUCGUCAAAGAUGAAUCAGGCUCCUGAAAGUGAUGGUGUAGUUGCUCGUCCGAGCUAUGCCAGAAUACGCAACCGCGGAACAGCGCAGACUGACGAACAACGAGUGCUGUGGGAUGCCUGCGUACUACCCUCAAUGACGAGACAGCAGAUAGACAUCAGUCCGGCUUCAUCCAGUGCGUCGUUUCUGGCUCGUGGAAAUCUCAACUCGUCGUUAGACAACUGUUCUAGGAGUCAGAUGAGUAGACCGGAAUCAAGACCAGUAACAGGAAUCAGGUCCUCCUCUGGGCAAGCAAAACAUCCACGAAAGCAUAUCUUAACUAGAGAUACGAAGAAAAGCCAACAGAUUCAGGACGAAAAGAAUGCUGAAGAACCUGCAAAAAUUGGAGAUUAUGAAGUUGAAUAUAUCGAUGGGAAGCAGAUGCAGAAGCACAAACAAAUGGGGAUCAAGUUGAAGAAAAAGCCGCUUUACAUUAAGGCGCAUAUGUUUGUAGUACAUCCACUUCCACAAGAGAGACCGGGACGGACGCGUCCUCCUCAGUCAACGGCGUCCUUCUACUUAUGAUCGUUGUUAAUGUUCUCCUGCUCCAGUUUCUGUUUCAAUCUUCAUUAAUCAUUUUCAUUUUUCAGCUCCAUCAUGUAAAACGAAACAUGAUGCUAGUUUAAUUUAUUGAGAGAGUAUGCCGACGAAGACAAAGACUAUCAUAUAAUUAAAUAAAUAAUAGUACAUUCGAGGAGCGCCGAGCCCGAGGAUGUUUUCAAUGCUGUUGCGCUAAUCGUCUUUACUAUCCUGACGCGCGAGGCGGAGGCGCAACUUCCUCGACAGCUUCCAGGACAGACAGAGGCGUAACGCCAACCUCACUAGGAAUGUCUUCAAUGAGUGAUCCUCGUAGCGGACAUAACGAUGCUCCUGCGCUGGUAGAUGACGUUCCAGUAAUUCGCCCUCGUUCUACUUCUUCCGCGACCUCGGGAGCUCCAAAGCCCCUCAAAAUAACCAGUAGGAGAAAAGCUACAACCACAUUAACUACUCCUAAUACAGCAACAAAGACAGAAAGUAGUCGUAGUGCCUCAAAUAGGGACGAAAGCUACAACUCCCCAAGAAAUAGAAGACCUGUUGACCGGGAACGGGAUACCGUAGACAUCACCAUAACAAGAAGACACAGAACUAGUACAACUGCGCGGCUCACCGCCACCAGCACUGAAAAAGAACCACAGACACAAGCAAAGCUGCAGAGCAAUGAAGAUAUAAGCAACCCGCAUAGUACAACACAAAAUCCAGACUCAUCUGAGGAUGAAGAUGAGCUACAUGCACAUGAUUCACCUAAAAACACGCGUCGAGCUCCACCUGCUUCAGAUGAUCGGUCUGAAGAUGUAAAAGUACCACCUGCUCCACCAACCUCAUCGCCAUCAUCAAUAGCCUCCAUCUUGAAUUGCACAGAACUACGGAAAGACCUUGGCGGAUUGCGCAGGCAAAUUCGAGUUGCUCUCGACCUUUUUUCUGAUGUAGAUACAACAGUAGGCCUCGCAGUCCAAGGCAUCUUGCUGAACGUCAAAACCGGAGUAGAGGAGCUUCAAAGAAAGGUGCACGCAGAAGCUCAGCGUUACAUGAUUAUGGCUCUCGAGCAAGAGAGGUAUAAACUCUUCAAAUUGAUACUUGAUUGUCCACGUCCAGCCUGCAUAUUGUUAAGUGCGUCGUCAACUAAGUAAGUACUUUGAGAUAUACCACAGCGAUGGGUCGUGUUGAGCAGCAAACUAGAAAAACGACUUCUUUCAAAGAUCCGUUUUGGAAAAUAGACAUCGUUAGUAGAAAUAACGAAUUAAUCACUUAUUUAUCCUCCAACAAGGAGAAGUGGAGCUCUAACAUGAGAAACAACAACGGCCAUUCGCUUUCGCGGGGUAGCCUACUCGGUCAACAUGGAGAAAACAAACUACACCUAGGUGAAGAACAAAAAGACACCGAGAUAACGACGGGCAGCGAGCGCAAGAACAUGGGCAACAGGCAAGAAGAAAAAGAAGACAUUCCACAUCUUCAAUCGGUUGAAAAGUGUACUACAACAGCGUCAAGAAGGAGUUUGCAUGGUGGUGGACGUAAAGGUGGGGUUUCGUCGAAACAUACGCGAACUACAACAACUUCAACAACACCAAAUCUUAAUCUUUUGUUUUACCGUCAGGAUUCAAGCGAUAUGGAUCAGCGCCGCGGCCAUCUUCUUGACCCGGAAUUUUUUGAUGAUGAUGAUGAUGAAGACGACGCAGCUGUGCUUUCCUCUACACCCUAUCGCACGCCUAUGCAUGGCCGUGGAGUUGUUCCAAUUGCGGAAGCAUUUCGGCGUUUGCGUACCGCUGACAAAAAGAAGCCGGUAUUUUUAUGCGUGAUUGAAUGUAAGUAAAUGAAUAAUUUUAGGCAUCGCUGUGUGUGAGGCUUUAGUGGAUGAGCCAGAAAUAAUUGUUAUUGCAUUGAUUUUGUAAACAUAGAUCUGGAAGAUUUUCAUGUUGCUUUUGAUGUACACAUAGAUCUCAACUCGUUUAGGUGGCGGCGAGCGGACGUGUACAGAAUGAUGGAUACAACCGUCGGAGAAUGGAGAACCGAGGAGUGCAUGAGGAGGUGGAUUCUGGUCAGCGACUACUAGAACAAGAGUCACAUGAUCGCGGGAUCGCUCAACAUUCGUCUCAUCGUUCUCUCCAGAUAACGCAAGGCAUUGAAGAUUACGCAGAAGGAAAAGCAAAGAAGACCGCGCGCGCACCGGACAGGACAACUAGUGGGAGUACCAGCACGACAUCUACGUCAAGUAGGUCGGACCGGGUACUACCGCCUGACUCUGCUCACUCCGACGUCCUUAGAAAAAGCCGAGAGGACUUGCACAGAAUAGUGAACAGUUUGGAAAUGACAGAUUUUGAAAUACACAUGGAAUUAGAUGUUGAUCGAGAACACCAGACACAUUAUUCAUGACAAAUGCACCCGUCCGAUAUUGAUUCUGCUUCAGACUCGCGGUGGAAGAGUUUUGGUCUUGCCUAGUAGUUG